AUGGUGCGUCGAUCUUCUGCAUUCAUCGCUCCUCCUCUUCCCCGCGCCACACCGGCGUCGAGAGGGGCCCUGACACGCACAAUCGCAAAAGAGGUGCGUGCGACGCACGCACACCUGGCACACACGUAGGUCUAGUCGUGUGUGUCAUCCUUUCAGAGUGAUGGUGAGGAGCAGCCGAUGCCGAGCAACCCUGAUGGUGUGCCAGCAGGUGCGUCCAUACCAGACACAAAUACAUACAUGAGAGGGAGAGAGAGGCGAAUCCAUCCACACACACACACACAUCUGUGUGUCUGUGUGCCGAUUGACUGCUUGAUGUGCGUGAUCCGUGCGUAUCCGUGUGUAUGGUUCAAUCGUUUAGGCAUGCCAACGAAGUGUGGUGAUUCGGAGAUUUAUGGGAGAUCAGACGAGGAGGUGCGCCUGGGCCUUUCCCCGUUGCCCAGGGUCACGCUCUCACCGGAAUUCGUCCAACGACACAAAUCCGUCAUUUCCAGAAGGACUCGCCGGUGAGUGCCUCGUCCCAGAUCAACCAACACCUCAAGUUUGCAAAGCGUGUGUGUGUAGCUGCCCUACGGUGUGCCUCAAGGAUAGGAAUCUGCUCUUGGUGGUUUUCUACGUCUGGCCGUUGCUGGAGCAAAUGAUAUUCCAGGUGUGUAGUCACCGCACAACACACACACACGCACACACACACACAGGACACCCACACGGAUGGAUGGGUGUGUGCAUCAAUCAGCGCCGCCUGUGUGUGUGUGUGUGUGUGUGUGUGUGUGUUGGACAGACAGACUGGCGCAUCUACGCGAAGGUAAGCCACACAUGCAGACAAAGAUCCGGGUGGGAUGGUGUGUAUUGGGGGAUGAAUUCGCUGUCGACAGCCUUACGACCAGGACAACCAUGACGCCACGUCGGUGUCGUUCCUGGUCGGCAAGGACAGGGCCUAUCGGAGGCACAUUUGGGUGAUGGCCGGCGACGAUCGCGAGGAGCUGGAAGGGACAAAGUCACCGCAAGAGCUCCUGAGGAGCCGCCUAGUGCGACAGGCGAUCAGAUACGGCUGCAUUGUGGACGUGGCCCUUAAAAACAUGGACUUUUUAUCGCUACAACGACAAGAACUUUCUGCAGAAGAUCAGAGAGUUUGACCACGAUGACAGUCAGACGAUAGAGGGCCAGCCGCAGGAGAUAGUGGACUUCAUGGCAGAGCUGCUGCACAAGAACGACCAAACCUCCCCUUCGGCACAUGGGAGGAAGUCAUGGUCGAGGAGCAGAGCAGGUGCGCGUGUCCUCAGGCAGGCACGCGGGCAGACAGGCAGAGAGAGAGAGAGAGAGGGAGGAAAGAGUAAGAGGAGAGAAGCCACAUACACGUGGGUGCGUGAGUGAAUGUCUGUUCAACGCAUCUAUAAUGCGUUUGCAGAAUACUGGAUUUGCAGGAUGAGGCAAGAGAAAGGUUUGGAAUAUAAGCUGAGAAAGGUUUGGAGCCAUGACUGA